AUGGCUUCUUCUAUGGCGCAUACCCAGUCCAUCUCCAUCAGGAAGCCCAGAACAAGAGACAAAAUUCACUCUGCUCUACACUCACCCUCUUUUCUUACUUUCCCAAAAGGUCCCUUUGAAAUACAAACAAUUAACGAAAAGGACUCACCAGCGAAGACUUCUCCGCCCACGGCUCUGCCGCCGCCACUACCGAAGUGGAACAUUCUACAGAAAGCCGCAGCCAAGGCGUUCGACGCGAUGGAAAGUGCGUUGGUCUCUCGCGAGUGGCAGAUAUCACUCCCUAAGGCUGCUGACCCUCGUGUCCAAAUAACAGGAAAUUUCGCUCCGGUACCGGAGACCGCCGUCAGGCACAACCUUCCGGUGACAGGCACGAUUCCAGACUGCAUUAACGGUGUUUACGUGCGAAAUGGUGCCAACCCUUUAUUCGAACCUGUCGCCGGCCACCACCUCUUUGACGGCGAUGGGAUGAUCCAUGCAGUGACGAUCAAUAGUGGCAAAUUCGCGAGCUAUGCUUGCCGCUUCACCGAGACUCAAAGGCUCGUUCAAGAACGUAAAUUAGGCCACCCCGUGUUCCCAAAAGCCAUUGGAGAGCUCCACGGGCACUCUGGUAUAGCCAGGCUCCUUCUUUUCUAUGCACGUGGCUUAUUUGGGCUUCUUGAUCACAGCCAUGGGUCCGGAGUAGCCAAUGCGGGACUGGUCUACUUCAAUAACAGACUAUUGGCCAUGUCUGAAGAUGAUCUUCCCUAUCAAGUGAGGAUCAAGCCCUCUGGCGAUCUUGAAACAAUAAGCCGCUAUGAUUUUGAUGAGCAAUUGAUGACGACAAUGAUUGCUCACCCAAAGAUCGAUCCUUUUUCUCGUGAGCUCUUUGCUUUAAGCUACGAUGUUGUUCAAAAACCAUACCUGAGGUACUUCAAAUUCUCCGCCGAUGGAAAAAAGUCACCGGACGUUGAGAUACCGUUGGACGCGCCGACCAUGAUUCACGAUUUCGCGAUCACCGAGAAUUACGUGGUGAUUCCCGACCAGCAAGUCGUGUUCAAGCUUCAAGAAAUGAUUAAAGGUGGCUCUCCAGUGAUCUAUGAAAGGACCAAGAAAUCUAGGUUUGGGAUUUUAUCAAAGACAGCUGAAAAUGCGAAAAACAUUAUAUGGGUUGAUUGCCUGGAUACCUUUUGCUUUCACUUGUGGAAUGCUUGGGAGGAGCCGGAAACUAAUGAAGUCGUGGUGAUCGGCUCAUGCAUGACUCCACCGGACUCGAUUUUCAACGAAUAUGAUGAAAAACUAAAGAUUGUUUUAUCAGAAAUUAGGCUCAAUCUGAAGACUGGUGAAUCAAAAAGGCUGCCCAUUAUUCAUGCAUCAGAACAAAUCAAUUUAGAAGCCGGAAUGGUGAACAGGAACAGGCUUGGUCGAAAAACAAGGUACGCCUAUCUUGCAAUUGCUGAGCCAUGGCCUAAAGUUUCAGGCUUUGCUAAAAUCGACCUCUCAUCCGGCCAAGUUCAGAAAUUUAUGUAUGGAGACGAAAAAUAUGGUGGCGAACCAUUUUUAGUGCCGAAUGAUUCAAAUUUUGAUGGAGAAGAAGAUGCUGGGUAUAUUCUUGCAUUUGUCCAUGAUGAGAAGGCAUGGAAAUCUGAACUUGAGAUAAUAAAUGCUAGGAGUUUGAAAUUGGAAGCUAGUAUUAAGCUACCAUCAAGAGUGCCAUAUGGUUUUCAUGGGACAUUCAUAAGCUCAAGUGAAUUAGAAAAUCAAGUAUGUAGUACAAAUUAA